AGUACAAAGGAGAUACCCUGCCGCUUGUUUUGGAUGUGGCUGCGGGGCGGUAUUAUCGUCUACUAAUUUGGUGAUAAGGUCGCUUCAAGUUCACUUCUGUGAAUUUCUAAUUUCCAACUCCUACUCUCGCCAUUUAUUUUGAUUCACGCUGCGCGUUUAUUGAUUUGUUGGUUUACAUUUUCCUUAUUUCACGCACCUCCAUCCUCAUACACAUUACAACUCUUGAUUACACUCCAAAUUACUGACGGUUAACGCUAAAAACGACCUAGUGAUAUGAUGAAGCGCAGCAAACGUGCAGUUGUCCAGUCCCCAUCAUCGUCGACACCGACAAUUUCAAGACAUGGUCUAGAUCACUCACCACUAUUUUCCCUAUGCAACAGAGAUUCAGACAACGAUAAUUCUGCAGAGCACUUUGGAUUGCAAGUUUCUCCUUUGUUUUCGAGAAGUCGGCUUUUGUCUGCAAUAUGUUCCCCUUUAGAAGUCGAUUCGCAACCUACAAAAGGGUAUUUUAGUUGCAUGUCUCCUAGCUGUGGUCGCGACACUCCGUCCCCGGAUGGCCAUGCUUAUAAUCCAGACUUGUCUGACCGAUCCAUCGGUAAGGGUUACUUAAGUGACCAUUUACAGCAUAGUCUUUCCUAUGCUCGCCGUAUGGAGCAGCGUGCGCUACACAUAUCCGCACGAAUUUCACAGUCUGCAAAUUUAUCAAUGAGCCCGCGCCUUCUUUUCACACCUGAAACUUGUAAUUCUUCAGACACAGCUGAUUCGAUCUCAGGGCAGCGAAAAAGGCAGUCUGUAGUUGACGAUCUAAAUAUGCAUUCUUUUAUGACAAUCAGUCAGCAAACGACUUCAACUGUGGAAAGAUAUGCUCGCCUUGCAGAUGUGUGUCCUGACUUACUAAACCGUCGAACUGUGAAUAGAUUUAUGAGCCAGUAUACACCAGGGGAAAAGUAUCAGGAAGAAAGACCUAUUGGAAUGAACCCGAUCUUCAACUGUAACAAUCUUGCAGGAUCGUUCUCAAACCUUGUUGAUAUCUGUCGAACUAGACUGGCUGUGUUGUAUAAGGCUAGGCAUCGUCUAAGUGGCGUUUUAUAUUGCUUGAAGAGGUCACGCUGCGACUUUGAACUAGAACAUCUUAAUGGAAGUUCAUCCGUUGAAAUGCUGAAUGAAGUACAAGCCUUGGCAUUGCUUCAACAUUCCAAUAUAAUUCGGUUUUUUGGCUCCUGGUACGAGGCUGACUCCGUGUAUACACAGUUGGAAUUGUGUUUAGGUGGCAGUCUAUUUCAUUUACUAUAUCCAGAUAGACAAAAUGACACUUCUGAAGCUGUGUCCCUUGUCUCAACCAACCACAUUGACAACGAAAUACCUGGUUCUCCUACAUCUGGUUCUCCAAGCGAUACAAACCGUAACCGUUUAUCAGAAAAACCGUUGAUUGUCCUGGCGUCGCACGUUAUUAGCGCUCUUCAUUAUAUGCACACCAAUUGGUCGAUGGUCCAUGGUGAUGUAAAACCGAGUAAUAUCCUAAUACAACUAAGCAGACCUGAAGCUUAUUUAGCGUCUGCUAAAGAGUGUAUAGAAAUGGAUGCCAAACGCCACUGUCAUAAGCUUUUACUUGCGGGAGAUACUGCGGGGAUCGUCUUUAAGUUAUCUGAUUUCGGACGUGCAUCACGUGCUGGAGAAGAUCGUGAUGGUGAAGAUUUAGGUGACGGGCGCUAUCUCCCAAGAUUAAACGAUCCCAGUCCACCUGCUAGAGCUGCCACCGGACGGGACCUCUAUGCACUGGGAAUAACGCUUUAUCAUUCAGCGGGUGGCCCUAUGUCAGCAUCAGUUUGGGAACGACUUCGUGAGACCGAUUGCUUACCAGAUCUUUCCGUACUUCCUGGUUCCUUGAGACCAGCUGUAAAAAGUCUUUUACGACCCCUUGCUCAAGAUAGACCAACUGUUUCUGAACUAAUCAAUUAUCCUUUAUUUCGUCUUCAUGUCAAUGUUCGUUCGGAUGGUAGGUUUGAUUUUCAUAUCAUAGCCAUUUCUUUCUCUUAUUUUUAACAUUCACCCUCACUCGACACAUGCGUGUUUGUCUAACUGAUUAUAUAAUAAAAGUAGCAGUUUUGUUUUCGUCCUUUGCUUCACUGAUGUAAUUCUUUUCGUUUGUAAAUCCAUAAUUAGAACAAAUAGUUUUAAGAAAUUCCAAAAAACACUUCCCACACUAAAAGCGUGAAUAUUAGUCUGAGACUUAUUUUGAGAAAAAAUGGAUAAUGGCUGUCAGGACGCGCGUUUCGUCCUAUUUAGGACUCGUCAGCUGGAUGUGCCUGCAUCUCAGAUUUGAUGUUCAUCCUGGGGCCCGAACCCAGUAGCAUUCGCUUCAAACUCCAUCGCCUGCAAUUGAUUAGUCUCUUAUUGGGAUAUGUGCGUACUGCCUCGAUAUAAACUUAAUUCACAAGCAUUAUGAGCAAAGAUGGAUAGUGGUUGGCAGUGGAAUCCCGGUUGCGCCCUUCGUUCAUGUCAGGACUCGUCAACUGGUACUGGGUUCAAGUACCAUAGUAAGAUGCAGGUACAUGCAGCUGGCGAGUCCUAAAUAGGACGAAACGCGCGUCCUG